ACGCAAGGCAGAAGAAGAGGGAUAGAAAAAUGGCUCUUGAUAAUUUAAUUUUCGCGCAAUGUAUUCUUUAUUUUUUAUCUUUUGUGUUUGGUUUCAUUGCCGUAGUGCCCCUGUCGGAAAACACAGAAGAUUUCCGGGGGAAGUGCUUGCUCUUCACCCGGGGCAUUUGGCAGAACGAGAACAUCACUGUGUCGAAGCAGCGGUUCAUCGUGGAGGAGUGGGGACCCGAGUCGUCCUGCAGCUUUAUCACUUUUGUCGGAAUAGCAUCUCUUAUCCUGUCCGCAGUGCAGGCAUGGAGACUGCUGUUCUUCCUAUGCAAAGGACACGACGACACCAUCUUCAACGCCUUCCUGAACCUGCUCAUCAGCUCCCUGGCCGUGUUCACCGUCUUCCUGUCCAGUACCAUCGUCACCGUGGGCUUCAACCUGUGGUGUGACUCUGUCACCGAGGGAGGAAGCAUGCCCAGCAGCUGUGAAGAACUGCAAGACACCGACCUGGAGCUCGGUCUGAACAAUUCAGCUUUCUACGACCAGUUUGCGAUAGCUCAGUUUGGCCUGUGGGCGGCGUGGCUCACCUGGCUGGGGAUCGCGGUGCUAGCCUUCCUCAAGGUGUACCACAACUACCGGCAGGAGGACCUGCUGGACAGCCUGAUCCACGAGAAGGACCUGCUGCUGGGGCGCUCCGCUCUGCGCUGCCGCUCCGACGCACACCUGAAGACCGGCCUGAUCUGAGGGCCGGAGGAGGAGACACAGACACCAGACGGACGCACACACACACACACACGCAUUCAUGCACACACACACACACACACACUGUAGCAAACACGGACACACAAACCUGCACACACACAUACCGACGCACACACUGACGCACACACACGCGCAGCCAUGUAUAGAGUGACAUUCAUGCACGCACAUACAGACUCAUGCACGCACAUGCAUGCAUGGCCAAACAUACAGUACACACUUACUGUCACUCUAUGCAUACAAAUGCACACAUGCACACACACACACGCACUGACACACACAGUCCUCGUUUUCUACUGUGAGCAAGACAGAUGCCAAAAUAGACAAUCGAAGAUCAGUAUUUCAGUCGGUGGUGGAUUGAAUCAAACAGGAGGUUUUAGCUUUGCAGAGGCUAUGUAGUACUUCAUACUAAUCAACAAGCAGCGAGGUGCAGUGUCUGUUUCUAUACCCGUCAUACUGAUGACUCAAACAGACUUACUGCUUAUAACGCACACCAUCCUGUCUAGCUGUAGCUUUUGCAUGGAUUGUUAUGCAUGAACCAAACAGGUUUUAAAUGUGCCUCUAUCCUGUACCUAAAAGGGUUUCUGUGCUUUCCCAGUGGAGUCACCCUAUAACUUGGCAGAGGAAGAACCCUUGCAUGCUGUAGAAUAAAGCUGUUUGCUUUCGCAGUUCAUACACAACUGUACAUCAAGAAGUGUAACUCCAUUGUAUUUUGUCCAACUUCGCCAUUGAUAGAAUGCUUCGUAGGACGACUCAUUCCAGAGUACUCUUCUGUCCUUUGUGAGGACAGGAAAGUACCUAACCCUGCUUUAUCAUACUCACAAGAAUAUAUUCUUUAUUUCUUUACAUGCUGCCAGGAGGACAUUGAACUUAUGUAUACCUAGAAGAAUUUCUACUGAGAACCACAAAAACACACACACAUACACAGACACACACAAAGGAUCCAUGGGUCGGGGGUA